CAUUUAUUAUAGUAAUUGCAUUAGCUUUCCUUUUUUGAUAUCGUAUCGUAACUUUACUUUAUUGCAAUGGCGAAAGAGGGCGGUGUCAUUAAAUACGAUCCAAAUACAGAAGCAUUUCAAAUGCGAGCUCAAUGGAAAAAGGUGGAUAUAUGUCGUAAGCAGUGGUUUGAUCAGUGGAGCUGGUUACUAGAUGAACGCAAACAAACAUUGCAGGAGUUGGAAGCCAUUCGGCAGGAGGUUUCUGAUGCUUUACCACGUGCGGUAACGAAAGCUGAAACUACAAAGUCAUUAAAACCGGUACCAAUCACAUCAACUGGUGUUAUCGGCUGGCUGGCUGCCAAACCGGAUUGUCAAUUAGAAAUUUAUACAUCCUGGCUGACUAAGAUCCCAGUACGGUUACCCGACACAUGGGACGACAAUAAUUACCUGGGGUAACCUGGGUAAAUAUCUUUCUUAAAAUGUAACAAAUAUAUAUG